AUGGCUUCGAAAGUUUGGCUCAUCACCGGCUGCUCGUCCCCUCAGGGGUUCGGCACAGCCCUUGCAGAAGAACUUCUCACUCGGGGUCAAAAAGUGAUUGCGACUGGACGUAACCGCUCGUCACCUGUGCUAGGCGCUCUGAAGGAGAAAGGGGCCUCUGUGCUUGCCCUCGAUGUGACAUCUCCUUUCCACCAAAUUCGAGACACUAUAGAGGAAGCAAACAAAAUCUACGGUGGCAUUGGUUUCUUGAUCAACAACGCGGGUUUCAACCAGACUGGAACGAUUGAAGAGAUGAAUCUGGACAAAAUAGAAGCUCAAUUCCAGACCAAUGUUUUCGGCGUGAUCAAGGUCAUAAAAAGCGUCCUGCCUCAAAUGCGAGAACGAAGAUCGGGUUGUAUUGUCAACAUAAGCAGCACUGUCGCAUGGCAAGGGGGCCCGACGAUGGGCGCAUACAUGGGGAGCAAAGCGGCGUUGAGUCAACUGAGCGAGGCCUUGGCCGCUGAGGUUGCUGAGCUUGGUAUCAAAGUGUGCUGCAUAGAGCCAGGCGCAUAUCGGAGCGGCUUGCUGCAGGCAGACAAAAUCGAGAAAUCCAAACAAGGCGAGAUCAGAAUCAGAGACUAUGAUGCUACAGCGAGUCGGCAAUUGGAGAAUAUCAUUAGCAUGGUCGACGGAAAUCAGCCUGGAGAUCCCGCCAAAGGUGCAAGAGUUAUUGUGGAUGUCCUGCUGGACAAGUGGAACAAGGGUAUUCCCCUCCGACUGGUUAUCGGAAAGGAUGGUCACGAUGCUGUCAAGGCGAAACUGGACCAGGUCUCAGCAAACCUGAAGGACUGGGAGGGAGUAGCCACGGCAACUGAUUUUGGACCGUGA